ACCAACCGCCCCCAGACCGGCCGCCCAGCCAGCGCAGACACCACAGUCUUCAGCAAUGGACACCACCGACGUGGCAACGCUGAAUGAUGCGAUAGGGAGUGCGGGCGUCGAUUUGAGGGCCGAAGAAGAGUCGCUGCAACGAAGCAACGACAACUACUACUCCUACCGACCGUACGAAGACCGCUCGCGCAAGCAGCCCGCGAAGCCCAACUUUGACACGCGCCAGAUCGGUCAAACGAUGCGCGCCAUUGGCACACAGCACAAGGUGCCCAAGAUCCCCGAGGACUCCGUGAACUACCUCGCGCUCGCGUUGCGCACACGCCUGCAGGACCUCAUCACCGCGAUGAUUGCCGCCGCGCAACACCGAAACGACGCGCAGUUCGACCGCCCCGCGACGACGUACGAGGACGGCCGGCCGAUGUGGAACAUCGUCGUGCGCUCGGACGUGUCAAAGCAACUUGCCGCGAUCGAGAAGGUCGAGCGCGAGGAGGAGAUGCGCAUUCGGCGCGAGCGCAAGGAGCGCAUCGAGGCGGCCGCGGCCGCCCAGUCUGCUGCCCUCGCCGCGGCUGUGACCGGGAGCAGCGCCACGGAGACCGUGGGGAUGGAGGAUGAAGGCGGGCCAAAGAAGAAAAAGAAGAAGGAUGGGCCAGGUGUGACCGCGCGGAACAUGCCCGAGGACCUGCGCAAGAAGAUGUCGAACGCGGUCGCGAAGCAGGCGGCGGGGCUGGGCACGAGCAAGUACGCGUGGAUGAGCGCCGCGAACGGCGGUGCGACGCCCGCGAAGGCAAAGCCUGCGCCCGCUCCUGCGGCUGUACGCGCGAGUACCCCAGCGACAACUACGGCACCCGCACAGGGCGGACCUGGGAGCAGCGGAUGGGCGCGGCCGUAUCAGUCUACGAAGUCGAAUGGCCAGAGCUCGCAGCAGCAGAGAGAAGACGAUGGGCGAAUGGCGGUCACCUUGCGCGACGCGAUAUUCGUCGUGGAGAACGAGAAAGGACAUGGCGGCGGACGCGGCGCGGCGCGAGGUUGGACUUAAGGAUGAGAUGGAGAAUCGGGAUUUUCUUUCGCGCGUUUGUGUUUACGGUGCUUUUUGUGAUGUUUACGCUCGUUGUAUCGCUAGCUUUCGAA